AUGAUAUUCCGAUCGGUCUCUUCUUUCCUGCUCUCGGCUCUAUCCGUUUCUGCCCUCAGCGCGGAUGAAUGGAAAAAGCAAUCCGUUUAUCAGGUCAUGACUGAUCGUUUUGCUCGGACUGAUGGCUCUACCACUGCAUCAUGCGAUCUAUCGACAUAUUGUGGAGGAACAUGGCAGGGCCUCAUCAACAAGCUUGACUACAUUCAGGGCAUGGGCUUCACAGCCAUCUGGAUCUCUCCGGUCGUGCACCAGAUCUCAGCACCUGGUAAUGUAGAUGGGGACUCCUAUCAUGGCUACUGGGCCAAGGACUUCAAUAGCCUCAACAGCAACUUCGGCACUUCAGAAGACCUGCUACGGCUGUCCACGGCGCUGCAUAGCAGAGGAAUGGUAUGGAAACCCGUUUUGAUGUUCGGCUUAUUUACAAACCACAUGGCUUACCCAGGAUGUCGGAAGUGCGUCGACUAUUCGACUUUGACCCCUUUCAACUCGGCGUCCUACUUCCACUCUCCUUGUUCCAUUGACUACUCAAACACAACAUCUGUUCAGCAGUGCUGGCAGGGAGAUGACAAUGUGUCACUGCCAGAUCUCCGAACCGAGAAUCAGAACGUGCGAGACUUCUUUGACCCAUGGAUUGCACAGCUUGUUACCACUUACAAAAUCGAUGGGUUGCGAAUUGACAGCGCUAAGCAUCAGGAAACAUCGUUCUGGCCGACGUUCGGUGGGAACGCUACCGUGUACAUGGUCGGAGAAGUCUACGAGGGCAACCCGGACGAAUUCUUACCUUUCCUCGAUGUCUUCCCAGGAUUACUCAACUAUCCCGUGUGGUACUGGCUUCAGCGUGCGUUCCAAUCCACAAGUGCCACAAUGACAGAAUUGAACACAGGCCUUGCAAACAUGCGCUCGAAGACAACCAAGACUGUCUACUUAGGGUCCUUCAGUGAGAAUCAUGACCAGCCGAGGAUGCCAGCAUGGAGUAGCCAAUCAAGUGAUACAGCCCUGAUCAAGAAUGCAAUCGCUUUCGUGAUGCUCAUGGAUGGAAUCCCUAUAAUUUACCAAGGACAGGAACAAAAGCUCAGCGGAGCAAAUGUUCCAGCAAAUCGCGAAGCCAUCUGGCUUACUGGUUACAACACUCAGAGUGAACUUUACCAGUGGGUUGCUCAGAUCAAUAAAUUACGAAAUGCCAUCAUCGGUAUCAACAGUGCCUAUACCUCCUCUCAGGCCAUGUCGUGGACACCGGACCGCCAUACUAUCGCUCUCCAAAAGGGCCCCUCUGGUUACAGCACACAGCCAAACAACUGCUACAUCUCUGCGGAGAAGCGGCUGACUCCGGUCAAACAAGGCACCUCUAGUGGCACAACAACGGCAUGUCCGAUACCGACGUCGGUGGCAGUCACAUUUACUGAGAAGGUGACUACUUCAUAUGGCCAAACAAUUAAAAUCGUUGGAAACAUUGAUGCCCUCGGUAAUUGGGACAUAAACCGUGCAGUUACCCUAAGCGCCUCGCAAUACAGUAGUAGCAAUCCCAUAUGGACCAUUACCAUCAAUCUUCUGGCCGGCGAUUCCAUCCAGUACAAGUUUAUUAAUGUCGCUAGCAGUGGUACAGUGGCUUGGGAGGCUGACCCGAAUCAUUCAUACACUGUUCCGUCCUCUUGCGGAACAACGACGGCCGCAGUAUCGAACACUUGGCAGUCAUAG